AUGAAGAUAAGUUUUUUAUUUAAGUUAGUUUGUAUAUAUAUUGUAAUAAUAUUUUUAUUUCAAGAUGUAAGAUGUAUAAAAACAAAAAAGAUAGUAAGAUGCUUUAACCCAUUUGUUCGUACAAAAACAAUAAAAAAGAAAGUACAGCCAAAUUUUUUAAAAAGAGUUGCAUUGAAUUUAAAGAUUCCACAAACAAUUAAUUUGAUAAGAGGGAAAUAUAAUUUAUUACAUGAGAUAUAUGUAAAUAAGAAGAAACAUAUUUUUAAUGUAAUUUAUAAAGAUAUCAUAACUAAUAAUAAGAAACGUUUUUUGAAUAUGUUAAAAAACAUAGUAAAAAAGCAGCGUAGUAUUAAUAUUCCAUUAUUUUUUAAUAAAACAAUGCAUUCAUUUCAUUCCAAUUUUAUAUAUUAUUAUACGUACUUUUAUAUAUUAAGAACAGAUUUAUAUUUAAGGACACUCAAACAAUUUCAUAACGUUUUAAUAGGUAAGUUUAAAAUUAAUAUAUUAAGUAAAGUUAUAAAUAGUUUGUCUGCUUUUGAUAAAAUGUUUUUAUGGAACGAUGGAAGAAUUUCAAAAAUAUUGAAUAAAUAUAUUUUAAAAUGUGAAAGAAAAUUAAAUCGUGUUGCAGAUGAAUGCUUUUUAAAUACCCCAUUAUGUAAUAAUAAUAAUACAUCGUCAGUAAAAAGAAAAAAAAGAACAUGGUUUUGUAGUAAUGAUAAUUUUAUUACAUAUAAUGAUUUUAAUGAUCAAGUUGAAACAAAAAAAGAAAAGUUUUAUAUUUCAGCUUUUAAAGUAUUACCAUUAUUUUUUUAUAAUGUUUUUAAUAUAAAUUUUUAUUUAAAAACUAUUAAAAAAAUUAGAAAUUCAAUUAAUACAAAUAUUAGAUUAUAUCUUCUAAAAGAUUAUAUUAAUGAUCAAGAUUCAAUAAAAGCAAUUUUCUAUACAUAUAAAACAUUUUUUCAGUUGUCAUUAGAAAAAAAUAUUGUUUCUCUUUUUAGAGUAUUUCAAGAUAAAAUGAGCAUUGAACAAAAAUUUGAAACAACAUUAAUUAAUAAGAUGGAAAAGCAACUCAAAAUCAAAUUACCAAAUAUAGGUUUAACCAAUAUAACAAAUCUUUCUGUUAUUCUUUUUAAACUUUUUGCAAAUAAAAUUACUCAAGUUGUCUUUUAUCUUAUUCUAGUAUAUAUAAAACAAUUCUUGUAUGCUAGAAGAAAAUUCUUAAAAGAUAUUUAUUCUUUCCCUUUUUAUUAA